AUGCUGGAUCUUGCCAAGAUUAAGGUGGAGGUUGCAGAAGAUCCCGAAAAGAUUUCAACUACUCAUCUCCAGCUUGGCCUACCUCUGAUUUUCAUUCUGAGCCAGGAAGAGACCCUGGAAGCGGACAAGAGGAUUGCUGAAUCUGUAGCCUGGCAGUUGCUGGGGAAAGCAGGACUUCUCCUUUUGUCAAGGAAUUCUGUUGGUCUGGAUGUUUCUUCCCGAUAUAAUGUGGCUAUCAAGACAGUUGAGGAGGAUAUGCCCGUUAAAUAUCUCACAUUGAAAGAUGCCGAUGAAAUCGUAGCACUGGUGAGAAAUGGUGAGCAGAGCAAUCCUAGUCUGGAUGAUAAGGCAGAAGAGGUUUAUGAAGAGGAGGAGGAAGAGGAGGGAGUGGAGAAUGAGAACAAUGAACAAGAAAUUCAGGAUGAUGAGGUGGUGGAAUCAGCCGUCAGAGAUCGGAAGCGUGAACUCUCCCUGAAACACAUCCAUACCCUGACAGAAGAAUCCUUCCUCUCAAUUCUGGCAGAGACCAACCACACAGCAGUGCUCUUCUAUGCCAGCUGGGAAGCUGUCUCUCUGGUGGUAAUGCAGUCUUUCCUUGAAGUUGCUGCUCAGUUGAAAGGGACUCCUGAGAUUUCACUUGCAAGGGUAAACUGCUGGGAUUGGCCACACCUUUGCUUGCGGGAAAAUGUCACCCAAUUUCCUAUCAUGAAGAUGUAUACAAAAGAGGGGGCAUGGCUGGCUUACUCUGGGAUGUGGGAGACCAAAGAGAUGAUGAAGUUCAUUGAAUUAAGCAGAAAUUCUUGCCCAGUGAGAUUGAUGACCCCUGAAGAAAUAGAAGAAUAUUUAACUGACAAAACCUCACCACACCACACGGUUUCUGUACUGGGAAUAUUUGACUCAAGCAUGAGUGAAGCAAGAGAGGCUUUUAUUGAAGCGGGAAGAAUCCUAAAUGGAUAUGUCACAACAGGGAUCUACUAUGAAGAGGAUGCUACAGUUCUCGCUCAUAAAUAUAAUGUAGCUCUUCCAGCGCUUCUGUUUGCUAAGCCGUCAACUCAGCAAAGGAAUGCCUUCCAGCUCUCGCAGUAUAACACACAAGACAUUGUUAAAGUAAUCCGUCAUGCAUUGUUGGAGACAUUUCCAGAAAUCACCGUGGAAAACCUGCCUGAUUACUUCCAGAUGAAGAAACCUUUGCUCAUUUUGUUCAGUGACGGGAUUCCUGGGGAAAAGGAAGUAGAGGAAAUGAAGCAUGUGGCUGUUGGCGAGGACCACAAAACCUUUAUUACUUGCUGGCUAAACCUGAAGAAUACACCUGUAGGCAGAAGUAUUCUGAAAGCUUAUUUUGGAAACUCUGUUGUCCCUGUGCCUCUCCUCCUCUGGAUCAGCCUUCAUUCUGGAGGCCAUGUCUUUGUUUUUCCAUCAGACCAGUCCAUUUCUGAAACAAAUAUUCUUGCUUGGAUUGAAAAACUAAAGACCAAACAAGAAGCACCGAGAGCUACCUUGUCUGAGAAAGAGUGGAAGCCACGCCUACCUGCCUACAACUUCCUGAGUAUGAUGGAGCCCACACUGCCUGAAUUUACCAUUUAUACUCAAGAAAGUAUAAGUAUCCGUCAGGAGGAGAUCCUUGGAGAAAAAAAGGCAGAAGCCGCAGUGACAAAGAAGCCCACAAAAGACUCCACCAUGGAGGAACUGAAGCCAAAGAAGCCAACUGGAAGGGCCUUACGAAGGGCAGCUCCACACCUAGGAGCAAAGGAGAAGCAGGCUAAGCACCAUUCAGAGUUAUAAAGUAAUGUCAGAUCUCUGGAUAGUUUUGGAAGUAGAGGAUGGGACAAUGCAGAGGCCUAGAGACGGUGGUUAACAUUUCAUGAAAAAUGAUUGAUGACAGAUGUGUGAUGGCACAGUUGUUAGAAUGCAGUAUUGUUGGCUAACUCUGCUCUCAGGCAGGAGUUCGAUCCUGACUGGCUCGAGGUAAACUCAGCCUUACAUUCUUCUGAGGUCAGUAAAAUGAUCCUGAUUGU